UUUUGCAAACUGUCAAAAUAUACAAAUUAUCAUUCGAUUUGAUUCACAUAUUUGGGGAUAAGUUUAUUAUGUUUUGUACGUUUUGUUUGGAGAAUAAAGUCUGAAAAGGAUAUUUUCCGUUAAAAGAGAGUUUAUCUAAACCAAGGUCGAAACAAAAUUAAAUUAUUUGUGUUGAAUUUCAAUGAAUAACUCGCGAUAGCAGGUUAAAGUCAAUCGAUAAAAUCACUUCCACUCAAUUAACAUUUGGAACAAAGUUCAAGCUCUUCGUUGGUGAAAGCGAACGACCACACAGUUUCCUAAACAAAAAAUAAUGGUGGAUAACGGCGGAGCUACAAAUAAUUUCCGAAGUCCUAUAUUGAUGGAAUCAAAUUUGAUGCCACCAGCAGGAGUGGCAACUGGCGGGGGAAUACGGACUAUUGGAAAUAGCAGUGACUCACAACUACACACACCCUUCGCUGGCAAUAUACGUGCGUUACCUCCACCACUGCCACAAGCUCCGUAUACUACCAACACCGGCUAUAGUACCAACAACACUUAUGGUGCAUAUGGUGGUUAUACAGGUUACAAUAAUUUUGGUAACAGUUUUGGCUCAUACGGUGGAUAUGGUAGUUAUGGCGGUUACGGGUCGUUUGGAAGCUAUGGAGGUAAUUUUGGUGGUGCGUACAAUCGUUUUGGCAUUGGCGGCAUUAAUCCUAUGGAUCCUGAAAUGCGUUUCGUACAAAUGGCGGAAGCGAGCGCUAGACCUGCGUUUCAAAGUAUCGAAUCGCUGGUGUCAGCUAUUGGAAAUAUAGCGGCAAUGCUUGAUUCUACAUUUUUUGCACUGACUAGUUCGUUUCGUGCUAUAUUGGGUGUAGCAUCGAAUUUUGGACGAUUAAGAGGAGUAUUUGCACAGUUUUGGCAAACAUUCGCCAUUUUUCGUGGACUAACAUGGAUAUAUAAAAAAAUAAUGUACUGGCUUCGUUUAUCAAAUAUUGAUCCGUCAAGCGAGACGUUCAAACAAGCUUUCGCUGAAGCCGUCAAUGAUUCUUCACAACAAUCAGGUGCACCUAAGUUACCUCACAAAGGUCAAUCCCCAUGGCCGGUAUUGGCUUUUAUAAGUUUUAUAUUUACAGCACCAUACCUUAUAAUGAAACUCUUGGGUACAGUUACAAAUACAGCGCAGGAGGAAGCGCGUAAUCCGAUAAAGUGGGUAAAUCCUAUCGAAACUGUUGCGAUGUAUGAUUUUCAAGCCAGAAAUCCUACUGAAUUGAGUAUGCAUGGCAACCAACCUUUGCUCAUUGCGCCGAAAGAAAUACAAAAUACUCUCGGAAUGUUGAACACCGGCUGGGCAUUAGCCUGUACUGUGGACCAUCAGAAUGUUGGCAUUAUACCGAUAAAUUAUGUGAAAAGUCCGCAACAAUUGCGUGAAGAACAGCAACAGCAACCAAAAUAUGAACAUCAACAACAGACGAUAUCACAGAUGGCAGAGCCGAACAUAAACAAAGAACCACAGCCAGCGUUAAUGGACUUAUCAGCUUCGUCUUUUCCGGCACCGCCCUCCAAUCAACAAAUUGAUGGUACGGACUCUCUGCCUGAUUUUGAUAUUGCACCACAACCACUUGGCAAAUCCAAUUUCUCGGUAUUAGCGCCCAGUGGCAGCGAAGAAAUAUAAUGAGAUGCACUGCGGAUAGUUCAACAUUACAUCAUAAAUAUUUUUAAAUUUAAACAUAAAACGUUGAGAAUUCCGCUUGUUCUAUUUAAAAAGUUGAGCACUAGUUAAAAAGUUAUGUACUAUGAACUUUGAUCAUUUUGUUGGAAUAUUUUUUAUCUUUUUUCUUUAAUUUAAAUAGGUGUAUAGUAAACUUAAAAAAAUAAAUAAAUAUAUUUUUGCAUAAUAAUUUUGUGCGCGAAUUUAUUUGUAAGCAUGACUUGAAAAGCCGUUAGGCUAAACUAAACUAUAAAACAAGUAUAUUAUUUGUAAGACAAAAUCACUGUAUUAGAAUUAAUGUUAUUUAUGGCAUGUGGUACCCAAAUAAAAAAUUUAUAAUGUGCUAGAUGAUAUAUUCAUACAUAUUAAAACAUAUAUACAUACAUACCAAUAAAUCAACCAUACAAAUUCGAACAGUAAGGUAAACUUUUA